AUGUCGACGUUGUCGCACGCGAGCGCGCGUCGAGCAUGGCUCUAUGCCUUGGUCCUGCUCCUGUGGCUCUUUUUCCAGAGUGCCCUUGUCGCUGCCAUCAGUGACCAAGAUUAUGACGUGGAUGACCCCACGACCGAGCGCCGGAUCACGAACCACCAGCUCGAGGAUCAGACCACUGUCGCGAACUACAUUGCUGUGGCGGGACUGACGCUCUAUAUUUGGGAGUACUUGUGCACGCUAUCGCACGAGCUCUACAUGUGGUUCCAUCCGCGGCUCCUGCUGCGUCCGCAUGUGCUCUUGUUUCUGGCGAUCCGCUAUGCGACGAUUCCCGCCAUCGUUGUGCCCUUGUACAGUAUGUGGGGCAAUAUCAAGACCCAGGAGGACUGUCCAAAGCAUGAGCAGAUCACCGUCGCCGUCGUGCAGUUCGUCGUCGCGUGCAUUUUCUCCUGGCGCACGAUCGCGAUCUGGCGGCGGCGGCGCUGGGUGGUUGUGUUCCUGGUGACCUUCACUGUGCUGCUCUUUCUGGCCAGUCUAGGUCUGCUGUAUUUUUCGCGGGAUGCGUACCUCGUCACGGGCGAAUGCCGUCCAGCGUUGUUCACGGACGACGACAAUGACCACGACGACAAGAGAUACGCGGUGAAUACGGUCCAGUGGUUUUAUCUGACGUGCAUCAUCUUCGAUACAGUGAUUCUGGUCCUGUCCACGUACAAACUGUUCGUGUAUGCCAACAUGGGCCGCACGGUCAACACGAUUGCCUUCCGCGACCCGUUCGAGGCGCACCGGCAGCAGAUGGAGAAAACCGCGGCGGCCAAGGAGGCGCCCCGCGACGUGGAAGCCGCGCUCCAUGUCGACCCAGCCGAGCGGCGCACCAGCGGUGCAGGUAUGCUCUUGCGCGGGCUGCGCUCGAGUGUAUUCACAGUGUUCCUCUUCCCGUAUCGCAAGGCGUCCGCCUUGUAUUCGUGGUGGUUCUCGCUGACGCCCCUCGUGGCGCGGCUCCUGCGCAAUGGCGUUCUGUACUUUGUUGUGGCGACCGCGUACAGCGUGAACAACUUUGUGCUCGAGGCCGUCCAGUCGCUGCAUUCCAAGAGUUUCCUCACGCUCUAUGCGCCGCUGAUGUGUGUCAUGUGCCAGCGCAUGCUGCUUACCGAGUUCCAGGCCGUGUGGUCGCCGUACGACGAGGACAGCAUGAUCCCUGGCCGCGAACUUGUGGCUGCGGUCACGGGCAAUCAUCACUACCCGCAGGGGCACAGCGACAUUGACCGCUUUGAGUACUUUGCGUCGAACCUUGAAGAGCGCCAUGCGUCGGUCGUCUCACCACGCUCGCACCACGACCCGGCCCCCUGGCACCGCCGAACCACAAGCUCGUACAGUCCAGACGCGCCCCCAAAUCCGGGGGCAGAUCCGCCCAGCUCGGAGACAGCCGUUCCGUUGUACGCACCGCCGGUCGAGUGCGAGGACGGUGAUCUGUCGUCGCACUCCGGCAAGCCGUCUGACCAAACCAGGGAGUCCGAGACGGACCAGGCGCGGCGCGACGUCGCGCGACGCAUGUCGCCCAGCUCCGGCGUGGUUCCGUUGGUGCCGCCGCAGGCCGCGCGGCACCGGGUAUUCCAGCUCUCGCCGGCGCAGCGAGAGCAGGCACUGCGCAUGGCAGGCCUCUAA